CGGGAGCGCGGCCGGCGAUUGGCGCGGCGGCGGCCCCGCGCUCGGCACGGCGCGGCCGGACAUGGGGGAAGGGGAGGCGGACUCGCCGGCGGCCGCAGGGAAGAGGGGGGCGGAGGAGGAGGAGGAUGAUUUCGGCUACCGGCUCUUCCCGGACCGGAAUAAGAAGCCGCAGAGCUUCCUGGUCCGCAGCCUCUUCACCUUUCACAACAAAUGCCAGCUGAUGCUGAGGCUGACCCUGGAGACGAAUCCAUAUGCUCGACUUCUCCUUGAGGCUCUGAAGCAAUCUGGUUGCACUGUCUUCAAUGACCGUCACUUUUCUUGUGAAAACUGUGAUGGCUGUGUCAGUGGAGGUUUUGAUGCUGCUACAUCUCAGAUUGUUCUGUGUCAGAACAACAUUCGCCAGCAGUCCCAUAUGAACCGGGUGGUCACACAUGAAUUGAUUCAUGCAUUUGAUCACUGCCGUGCACAUGUUGACUGGUUUAAAAAUGUCAAGCACUUAGCAUGUUCAGAGAUUCGAGCCGCUAAUCUCAGUGGAGACUGUACUUUGAUGAAUGAAAUAGCCAGGUUUAAAUUUGGAUUGAAAGGGCACCAUCAGACUUGUGUACGAGACAGAGCAAUCCGUUCCAUUCUGGCUGUUAGAAAAGUUAGCAAAGAAACAGCAGAAAAAGCUGUGGAUGAAGUUUUUGAUGCCUGCUUCAAUGAUCUGGAACCUUUUGGAAGAAUUCCACACAGCAAAGCAGAUGCAAAACGUGCUUACAGAGACUUUCAGAACAGAGAUCGCUACACUGCUAAUUUGUAAGGGCAGGGGGAACCAGAUGAGAAAUUACAUUAAUACCUGAUUGUACAAUAACAUCUGGAGUUAUAGUCUAUGCCCACAGUGCUGAUGGAAAGGGCAAAUCUAUCAAAUGUAUGAAUUAAUUUUUUAGACAUUUUUCAUGAGCCAACUUCCAUGGAAGUAAAUGGGGUAAAUGAACAAGACUACAAACGGUGUUUCCUCACCUGUUAUUCCAGAAAGAUUAUCUAGCAUGCCAAAUGAUUUGUCAAAUAAAAUUCAAUGUGCGCUUAAUUUUUUCACUCUGAUUGAUCUGGACUUGGUUUCUGAAAAUUUUGUUGUCACUGAAUAAAUCUUUUCAUAAAAUCUUUACA